AUGCGAGAAGAGAUGGAGGCGCUCGAGCGACAGCGCACGAGGCUCAAGAAGGAAGCGCUGACGCAGAACCCGGCGCUGCUGGACACCAUGUCGCUCAUCGACCAGCUCCGCCAGGAGCAGCAGGAGCUGCGCAAAAAGCUGCACGCCUACGACAUGCAGAACAGCACGUACCAGACCAUCGUGUCCGAGUACGGGUCCAACUCGUCGUCGUCCGGGGUGGCGGAUGCUGCGGAGGACGCGGACGCUAACGAGGACCGACUGGCGGAAGCACCCAUCUUCCAGCGCGUGCUCUUCCGCCGGCCGAUGGCUCUGGAGGCCGUCAUGGCCUGCGUGAAGGAGAGCUACGAGGCCAUCAUGGCGUUCCGCGCCGAGCGCGACUUUGAGACGCUGGACACGGAGGUGCUGGGCUGGAGCGACAAGCGCAUCCUGAACGCGAGGUCGAUGCGCUUCAUGCUGUCGCAGCAGUUCGAGUACGUGCCGCCAUCGGAGCUGGUGUACAAGACGUGGAACCUGCUGACGAACCUGAAGCUGUACCGCCACAUGCAGCCGCGCACCGUGGCGCUGGAGCUGCUGCAGCGCGUGACGGAGGACUGCGUGAUCGUGCGGCUGAGCGUGAGCAACGGCGACAAGGUGCACCACUCGAUCCUGCUGAUCGCGCGCGGCCGCAUCGACGGCGGCUACCUGAUCACGUACCGCUCGAUCCCGCUGUCCGAGGGCCAGCGGCAGUUCGCCGCCACGGAGAGCAACUACGUGCACCUCUUCAACUGGUACAUGUUCCUGGAGAAGACGACGCCCGCGGGCGUGCCGGCGUGCGAGGUCACGUUCGGCGGCGGCGUUGAGAACCAGCCGAUGGAGUAUCUGCGGUACCUGAUGAUGGAGGUGGUGGCGGGCGUGGUGCGCUGGCAGACGGCCGUGGGGCACAACAAGUUCCGGCUGACCCACAGCUGA